GGCUCUCGCAUUGGGAGUCUGAAACGCGGCAACGCUACGCGCAGCAGUAGCCAGACUCGGUGCAGUUGUCGCUCGCGAGUCCUACGCCUGCCGCAGCAGCUUCGCCGGGCAAUUCUCUCGCCGCAGAGCCUGUGCAGGCUCACUUGGCUGGAGCGUCUCGCAGCACGCACGACACUCACCUGCCAAGGGCGUCCUCGUACCGCGGCCGCGUCUCCUCUGCGUGCCCUCUCUUCGACCGAUUGGCGCAACGGUAGCGCGUCAGAUUCCAGUCCUGAAGGUUACGCGUUCGAAUCGCGUAUCGGUCACUGGGCUUAACAGGUGAGAUAUGCCGACGGUACACCCACAGGCACGGCUUCCGAUUGACGCUGCCGAGGCGACCCAUCACUGUACGCUGGCGCGCCCACAAGUUCUGCUGCUCCUCGCAGCGACAAGCGCUCGGGCGAUGCGGCUCGUGCUCCAGCGCGUCAAGCGCGCGAGCGUGACCGUCGACGAGGAGGUCGUCGGCGAGAUCGGCAAAGGCAUGCUCGUGCUCGUGGGCAUCCACCGGGACGACGUGGACGCGGACGCUGCUUGGUGCCGCGAACGCAUCCUGAAAACGAACUUCUGGGCCGACGAAAACGGGCGGCCCUGGAAGCAUUCGGUCGGGAGCCUUGGUUUAGAUGUGUUGUGCGUCUCGCAGUUCACGUUGUACGGCGAAUUGAAACGAAAGAAGGGGCGCGGCAACCUCGACUGGCGCCACGCGAUGGGCCCGGAGCCUGCUAAGGCGUUCUACGAGACGUUUCUGAGUGAUUUGAGAGGAGAGCUGCCCGAAAGUUCCAAGCUCGCCGACGGGAGGUUCGGGGCGAUGAUGGACGUGUCGUUAAUUAAUGAUGGGCCCGUGACGCUGAGCUUGGAUUCCAGAGAUGGGAACGGCCUGGCGCCCGUCGUGCCGCCUUCGGACGAUGCGACGGUGUAAGUUUUAGUUCUGUG